AUGUACACGUUGAUCGAGUACUACGUUCGGGGGCAGGAACCAGUCACGACGCAGUCUGGAGCAAUGUUGAUUACGCCUGUGAAGAAACAGAAAUGGGAAUUACGGCAUGAAUGGAUCAACCUAGACAAACUACUCGGUGAAGGUGCCUUUGGAGGAGUCUAUGCUGGAGUCAUGACAUACGAAGGUAGCGUACACAAGGUAACAUGGUAA